UGACUGAACCCAUCAUCCCUCAAGCCACCCUUCAGCAGCUACGGUUCCUGCCACCUCAAAGAUGUGCCCCGGUAACUGGCUCUGGGCCUCCAUGACUUUUAUGGCCCGUUUCUCGCGCAGCAGCUCACGAUCCCCUGUUCGUACUAGAGGGGGACUGGAGGAGAUGCCCACCGCCCAUCAUCCCUUCCUCAACGUCUUUGAACUAGAGAGGCUUCUCUACACAGGCAAGACAGCCUGUAACCAUGCCGACGAGGUCUGGCCAGGCCUCUACCUCGGAGACCAGGACAUGGCCAACAACCGCCGUGAGCUUCGUCGUCUGGGCAUCACCCAUGUCCUCAAUGCCUCACACAGCAGGUGGAGGGGCACCCCUGAGGCCUAUGAGGGACUAGGCAUCCGCUACCUGGGUGUCGAGGCCCAUGACUCACCCGCCUUUGACAUGAGCAUCCACUUUCAGACAGCUGCGGACUUCAUCCAUCGGGCACUGAGCCAGCCAGGAGGGAAGAUCCUGGUUCACUGUGCUGUGGGAGUGAGCAGAUCAGCCACCCUGGUUCUGGCCUACCUCAUGCUAUACCACCGCUUCACCCUUGUGGAGGCCAUCAAAAAAGUCAAGGAUCACCGUGGCAUCAUCCCUAACAGGGGCUUCUUGAGGCAGCUCCUAGCCCUGGACCGGAGGCUGCGGCAGGGUCUGGAGGCAUGAGGGAAGGGAAAUCAGGCCAGGUUCCUGGGUAGUUUCCUGGCUCCCAGAUGGGAAGAGGAGACCCAGGAGGCAGGUAGGAGAAAGGCCAUACAACCCAUCCUCCCUCAGUGGCAGGAGCGGGAAGGGCCCCUAGGCCACUGUGACUCUUUGUGGAAGGGGAUGGAGAGCUAGGUUGGGCAGUGUGAUAGGUGGGGGCUGCUGACAGCUGGGGCUGUAAGAUGGUUCUAUGAUGAGGACAGCACCAGAUUCCAGCAGGGUGUGCAAUGACUCAGAAUCCCUUCCCCUCAUUGUGUUCACAAGUUCCCCUCUCUCACUUUCCAAACAAAAGGACCACUGCUGUGCAGGACCUGAGCAGUGCUGGGAGGGGGUCGGAUGCCAGGGAUGCAGCAGCAGGACUGUGAAGGAAGGUUACAGGGUGCAUAAAACAGGAGAGAAAGAGUUGGUGAUGGAGUGGUGUGAGAGCCACAAAGCCAGAGGAAGAAACCCACAGGUGUGCAACUCCGGGAAGAGGUGUGGGAGGACUGGCAUGGCACCCCAAGGGAGCUGCUCAGGGACAA